GCUUCAUAAGCAUUGACUGCGGGUACCAGGGGCGGCCGUACCCCUCUCCCCUCAACUUCACCUGGCAGCCCGAUCCCCCCACCGUCCCCGGCACGCCUGCUGUCAUCACGGGGAUCUCUCCAGAAGCAGGAGACGUGAGGCUGACCACGGAGCUGUCCCUGAGGGCGUUCAAUAACGACAGGGACGUCAACUGCUACCACGUGCCACUCACUGCUGCUGGCCGUUACCUGGUGCGCCUGGCCUUCUGGUACAAGAACUACGAUGGCAAGAAUUCACCGCCUGUGUUCAACGUUACCAUAGGGCCCGGAUCAGCAGGACAGGUGGACCUGCGUUCUAUAGGCGACACCCUCUACACGAUUGAAGCCAUCGCCACAGUGAGGGACGCGACCAUGCCCAUCUGCCUGCAGCGGGUGGGGGACGCCCCCCCCAUCAUCAACGCCAUCGAGAUCCGCCCGCUGCCGCCGCUCUCCUACAGCUACCAGCAGCUCAAGGCCGAUGUACUGCUGGUGUGGUGGCGCUUUGCUUGUGGUGACAGCCCUGUCCGAGACCAGACUUUCAGAUACCCCUCGGACCCUGCUGACCGCAUAUGGCAGAUCGACGGCAGCACUCAGUUAGACCACUGGGACCUCCAGCCAUCCAACCUCACCCAGCUGGUUACCACCAACGCCACCGUAACCAUCCCUCCGCCCUCACCCCCCAACACCGCCACGGGCACCCCCAUUCCCUCCUCUUCUUCCGUUCUCAACGCUGUGCCGCAGCGGGUGCUGCAGUCUGCUCGUACGGUGCUAGCGCCACCAGCGCUGGCGAAUAGAGGAGCAGGCCAGGCCGCCAUCCCCUUCACAGUCACACCCGAAAACCGGCUAAACAUCAGACUUAGGGUAAAAACCACCGCUAAGAGCCGGAUUCGCCCCGUGACACUUAGCGGGUUGGAAAUAGUCCAGUUGUUUGAGGAGGCACCGGCGGUGGGAGGGGGAGAUGUGGCGGCGCUAGCGUGUGUGAAGACACAGUUUGGGGAACCUGCUGCUAUGGAGGAGUGGGUGGGGGACCCGUGCUACCCUGUGACGUGGCCGGGCGUGCAGUGCAGCUUCAGUGCCAAUGCCACUGCUGUCAUUGGCCUGGACCUGAGUCACUCUGGUCUCUCCGGCUCCAUCCCUGCCUGCAUUUCCAACCUCUCCUCGCUCUCCGCUCUCACCUCCUCCCUCUCCACACUGUACCGUACUCAACGACAGCAGCCUCACAGGCAACAUCCCCUCGCCUCACAAACACCUGCUUCCUGUGCCUCUCACAUAGCCAACCAGACCCCACCUGCUCACCUCCCCGCCUGCAGCGUGCUCAACGACAACAGCCUCACAGGCGACAUUCCCUCGCCUCAUGGCCAACCCCACUUGCCCACCCCACCUCCCCAUGUGCCCUCACCCACGAAAUCUCUCACAUGCAGCACGCUCAAUGACAACAGCCUCACAGGCGACAUCCCCUCAUGGCUUGGUUCCCUCUCGAACCUCCACUCCCUGUAUGGCCCUCCUACCCUCUGCCUCCCUUCCUCACUCUCUCUCCCUGUACGGGCCUCCUCUCUGCCUCCCCUCCUCACAUCCCCUCGUGGCUUGGUUCCCUCUCGAAUCUGCACUCCCUGUAUGGCCCUCCUCCCCUCCCCUAAUCCCCGCCUCCCCUCCUCUCCUCCUCUCGUCCCCUCCCCACACCCCCUCCUUAUCCUCUGA